CGCGGCUGGUCCAGCGACCCAAUCCGGUGGAUCUGCCGAUAACAAAUCUUCACGUGACAUUUUACUCCAGUUCAGUUCCUGUCAACAAACACUGCAUACACCCAUCACUAACUGCAUCAUCAUCACCACCACCACCUAUCCUCAAACAACAACCCCGAACAAAACCCCCCUUCACCAAAAUGUCCACCCCCUCUCUAAACACAGAAGAAGAAACCGAAUCCCUCGAUUCCGAAAUCUCCACCAUCCGCGCCGAACUGCAGGCUCUCCACCACCGCCGCCGCAUCCUAACAAACAGCCUCCUCACCUCGCGCCCCCUCCAACGCCUCGCCAAAUCCCAAUCCCAAUCCCCAUCCCAAACAACAGCAACCGCCACAAGAUCCUCUCAAAAAUGGACCGACCUCUCCCCGCUCCUCCACACCUCCGCCCUCCAUGCCGACCUCAACCACCACCGCAUCGCCUUCUCCACGACCGCCUUCCCCUUCACCGAUCCCUCGCCCGUCCCUUCGGAGGCCAAGAGUCUGAUUGGGCUGCGGAUUGACAUCUGCGCCCGGGACGGGUCGUACGUCAAGCCGUAUUAUAUUCUGUUGCGGAAGGGGGUGUUGCACCAGUCCACGGAAAGCGAUGCGGAGGAGAGGACGGGUAAGGGUGGGAGGGGGGAGAGGGUGGUGUACGUGCAUCGGCAUACGGUUCCCCCGGUGGUGGAUCUGGGGGCGUUGGAGCGGAUUUAUUUGCCGCGAGCUAAGGGGGAUGCAGUCCUGGGAGAAGAGGGGGAGGGGGGAGGUGGGGAGCAGCUCAAGCCGUGGAAGCGCAGCCCCAAGAAGCAGAAUCUCAAGGGGUUUCUGCGCGAGGUGCGGCGGCAGCUGGUCGUGUGGCAUGUCCGUUGUGAUGGGGUCCGGUAUCUGCGGGAGCGGUUGGGAGUCGUCAAACGGGGCGAGGGCCAAGACGCGGACGAGGAGAACGGGGUCUGGGAGAGGGACGUGCUGGCGGAAGAACCGAAUCAAGAAUCCAAGAUCGCGAAGAAUGAUCUGGGGAUCGUCGCGUUGGGGGCCACCGCGUUGGAGGCGGUCUAUGUGCGCGUCGAGUGGGACGACGGCCGGGUCGGACGGUUCAAGAUCUCCAAUGCGGGGGUGGUGGAGCGGGCGGUCGUGAUGGGGGACACGGGGAGGGAUAAGUUGACGGAGGCGGUCAUGACGGGGGGCAAUGGGAGGUUGGAGACGUUGCUCGAUCGGUUGAGGAAACACGCGUCUGAGUCGAGGGAGCUUGCCGCUGCCUCACUUGAGGAUAGUGCGUCGCAGACGGCGUCGGAGGCGUGACGCUGAUCGCUUCUUCUUCGUCUUUUGCUUUUUUUUCUUUUAAAAUGUGGUGCCUCUUAGCGAGUCCUUUUCUUAUACCUACACACGUUCAGGCUUUAUCGUAUCUAGAUCAAUUGGUAUCUAU